GACUGUGCCUGCUCUCGUGACAGCUGGAUCGUGUUUAGAACAUCACACGCGGAUGUUUUCACCUCAAUUUCCGUUGUUUAUGAAGGAAUCGUUGUAAAGAACCGUUGCUAGAAAGUUAUCGCCUCGUGUGAAAUUAGAUUUUGUUUCGAGGACCUCACGAGUGUGGACAGCCUAACCAACAGUUACGAUAGUUCCUCGCAUCCGCUUGUCAGAGCCAGACCAUUGAGCCGCCGCCUGAACCCGCAGCAGGAGGGACACUUGACGAAAAUAUGGUGAACAAUGAUGAUGUCCCAGCUGAUUCUUGGGAAGAGGCUGCUGAUGCAGCCACACCUUCGCCUUCUCAAGAGACCCCUCCAAGUCCGCCAACCCCUGCUACUCCAGACGAUGAUGAGGAUGAGGAUGCUGAUAGUGAGGGCACCAGAAAAAUUAAAAAGAAGCCCAUUGAGGAGGACGAAAGUUCAAAAAAGGAGCCUGUGAAUGUCAUUUUUAUUGGGCAUGUUGAUGCUGGAAAGUCUACAAUUGGUGGUCAAAUUAUGUACCUAACUGGAAUGGUGGACAAACGUACUCUAGAAAAAUAUGAGAGGGAGGCCAAAGAAAAGAACAGAGAAACAUGGUAUCUAUCUUGGGCAUUAGAUACCAAUUUGGAAGAACGCGAUAAGGGCAAAACAGUUGAGGUUGGCAGAGCAUAUUUUGAGACUGAACAAAAACACUUCACCAUUUUAGAUGCGCCAGGUCACAAGAGUUUUGUUCCAAAUAUGAUUGGUGGUGCUUGCCAAGCAGACUUGGCUGUUUUGGUAAUAUCUGCAAGAAAAGGUGAAUUUGAAACUGGAUUUGAGAGAGGUGGCCAGACCAGAGAACACGCUAUGUUAGCAAAGACUGCAGGAGUCAAACACCUCAUUGUUUUGAUAAAUAAAAUGGAUGACUCAACAGUGCAAUGGUCGGAAAUUAGAUAUAAUGAAUGUAAGGAUAAAUUGGUACCCUAUUUAAAGAAGGUUGGCUUCAAUCCCAGUAAAGAUAUAAUGUUUAUGCCCUGCUCAGGCCUAACAGGCGCAAACCUAAGAGAGCCCAUAGAAGACUCAUUAUGUCCAUGGUUUAAGGGUCCUGCUUUUAUUCCAUAUAUCAAUCAGUUACCACCCUUAAAUAGAAAUAUUACUGGACCUUUCAUGAUGCCAGUUGUUGAUCGCUACAAUGACAGAGGAACCAUUGUAAUAGGCAAGGUGGAAAGUGGAGGUUGUAAAAAGGGGGACAGCAUCUUGGUAAUGCCUAAUAAGACUCCUGUAACAGUUGAUACAUUGUGGAGAAAUGAUGAUGAAGCAAAUGCUGUUAGAUGUGGUGAAAAUGUUAAGGUUAAGCUCCGUGGUGUAGAAGAAGCAGAUGUUGCACCCGGAUUUGUUAUCUGUGAUCCAAACAACCCCUGUAAAACUGGAAGGAUAUUUGAUGCUCAGGUUGUUAUAUUAGAACACAAGUCCAUUAUUUGUGCGGGUUAUUCAGCAGUUUGUCACAUGCAUACUGUUGCAGAAGAAGUUACGGUGAAGCUACUUAUUUGUACUGUAGAUAAGAAGACUGGUGAAAAAUCGAAGGUUAGGCCGCGAUUUGUCAAACAAGAUCAGAUUGCAAUCAUGAGAUUUGAAACAUCAGGAGUAAUUUGUAUGGAAGCUUUCAAAGAUCAUCCACAGCUUGGACGAUUUACUUUAAGAGAUGAAGGAAAGACCAUUGCCAUUGGAAAAGUUUUAAAGGUGGUGGAGUAAAUAUUGCACCGGCGAGCCUUCACUGGAAAACUGCACACGAGGAUUUAUGCGAUAGUCUCCUGGGGAAAUGGAUGUUUCUCCGUAAGCUCCUUGUACAUAUUAUAGAGCCAAUGAAGACAGAAGAAUCACAUUACUGAAGACUCGCAUGAUGUGUCCACCUCUAUCAAUCAUCUGAUAUACAUAAAAAAUCAAAGUGUGGUUAUCCUGCCAGAAUCUCCACCUUACUUUUUUUUUUUCCCUCAACCUGCCAAGCUCAACCCUAAGCAAAGACAAAUCCUCUCUCGUGUGUGUGUGUGUGUUAUUCCUACGCCACAACAUGACAGGUUUGGAGAGAAGAAAAAAAAUUAUUGGUGGGCGGCAAUCACUGGAUUGUCCUUUCUUUCAGACAUCUCUUAUGCAAAGAGGUUUCCUACAAUAGCUUAUAUAUGUUUUUUUAUGCAUAUUACAAAGUGAUAAAACUUUAUACAGUAUAUUUAUGGGUAGGACUAUGUUAAGCAAUGAAUAGGAGGUGUUGGAAGAUCUGAAUGUAUCAAGAGUUAGUAGUGUGCAUUUGGAGCAGGCACACGAAGAUUAAGUUGCACCUUACCUCAGGAAGUGUGCUGCCCCCUCCUCCCAGUCACACUGUUAUAGCAUAACACAUUUGAGCUCCAAAGUCUUAACGAAGAUAUGAUGGCCUUGCUAAAGAAAAAAAUAACAGGUUUUUUCCAAUUUGUAUUGAAACCUAAUACAAAAAUUUAUAUUCCUGAAAUACUUUGCAGGUUACUGCUUCAUGCAGAUAUGGCAUUGCAGGUCACUGCUAUUAAAUCUUCCCCAUUUUCUGUUUUCCUUUAAUUCAGGAAUGGAUAUAACCCCUAUCAUCUCAGAGGACGAAAAAUUCAUUAAAGGCAGUGGGAAUUCCUUCAUAUGUGAUAACAUAGCACUUUACACUUAAUGUGUGAACCUUUCCUUUCCUCUCCUGUGCGUAUUGUUGCACGUUUUAGUGUUAACAUGCAGUGGCUUAAUUUAAUUACAGGUUCUCCUGUUUGGAGUUCUCGGUGUCCUUUAAUUCAUGCAGCUGCCCAAUUGGUGAAAGGGCCGAUUGCAGUACUGCUUGUUCAGGGGAGGAAUGGUUUGGUCUGCUGUAGUAUAUAUGCAGUUUGAGCCCAGUGCUACUGCUGUCUCGUGGGCUCCAGAACUCCAUAGCUUUUUGUAUAAUUGAAAUUAUUUCCCUCUUUUAUUUUUAAUAGCCUUUGACCCUCUGGAGUGGGACUAUAGAAAGUACUGGUGCUAUGGAGUGGACUGGGUGCCUUGCUCUUUUCUGCAUCUAUCAUGGCUUGUUAAAUUCUGCUAAAGUUGUUUUCUGUCUUUUGUUGAAUUUGAGCUAGCAUAGUUCAUUCUGUUUAGAAUGGAAUUGUUCAAUAUUGUAUUUUUUUGUUUAUGCAGUUUAAUAGGCUUAUUAAGGAAAAAUUAUUAGGUUAAUGUGAACAAUUUUUUGUAUUCCAAGAGCUGUCCGUAGCCCUUGUAUAAAGUUAUUUAUAUAUUGUGGUUUAAAUUUUUUUCAAUAACCUAAAGACUAUUUUCAUGGUUAUUCCUGUCUCAAUGCAUUUUUGAAUAUACAGGAAAUAUACAGGAAGUGGAGGGUGAUACACUUUGUUUUUGUGAUCCUGUCUCUUGUUCUAAUGUUUUGAGUAUGUGUAACAUUAGCACCUACACCAUGUCUUAAGAAAUUGUUUUAGGAUUAACCCUUGAUGCUAAAAUUUAAUAGUGAAAAAUUAAUUGUACACAAGCACACCUUGAAUAAUUCAGUCAUCAGAUCUUUACAUUAACCUUUGAAACCUGUGGCUAUAGGAAUCAAAUCCCAGUGCAUUGAUAUUUUCCCAGAAAUUUUAAUGUAAAUAUAAUUUAAAUGUAUUUUGUUUCACAUAUUCCUGCUUGUAUUUUGAAGAUUCUGUGGUGGAUAAUUUAAGAAUUUUUAAUGGACUAAUAAAUUUUAUUUAUCGAUA